AUACUAGUUAUAAAUCUAAAAACUUAUAGAUGUGACUCGCAUUUGAUUAUAUAUUUUCUUGUCCUUAUCCGAAGCUCUGUAAUAGGGGCAUAAUAAUAGUGCAAACUUGCAAAAUUCAACGUCCAUAGUACAAUUCUCGGAAAACGUUUGAAUGCCCAAGCCGCAUUAGGCCAGCUUGGUGAUCCAUGUCCAGCAGUAGGAAGUAUAAAUCAGUUGAUGGUGAUGAUGAUCAAGACAGUAACUAUACUGAGUUAUAUAAAUAAUUGUUUUUAUUUUUAGGAAAUGUCCUACGCGACAAGUUUUCGUCCGCGACGGCCGGUCGCACUGCAUUGGCCAUUGCAAUGUUGAUACCAUGUGUGGAGAGGUCAGGGUACCGGAGCACCAUUUGAACCCAUGCUACGUGUGCAAUAGUACGGGACACGGCUGCCGCGCUUUACCCCGAGUGCAUUCGAAACCGGAUCAUCCCAUAGACAUAGACGGCAACUUGUUGAGCGAUGGCACUGACGCUCCAUCAGUGUUAGACGACGGUUUGGAAGAAGAACCAGUAGGCGUAGAAAACACAGACUUCGUCCUUUACGUGAGUGCAGUUGAAACUGAGAGAUGUCGCCGCGGAUUGACAGUUGCUUACGCGUCACACUGUCAACAGGAAUCGGCCUUGGACAGACCAGUUGCGGGCCACGCGAACUUCUGUCCCGGUGAGCUGUCAACGAAAGAUAGGGACCUGCCGUCGGUACUCUCAACUGUCAAACACGAAAUGUUGCACGCUCUAGGUUUCAGCGUGUCACUGUUCGCUUUCUACAGGGACGACGAUGGGGAGCCUUUAACUGCACGACGGACUGACACCGGAAAUCCACCUUUAGAUGAAGACGCACCGGAAAAUUUUACAGACUCACGAAAUGGAUCGGAUGAUGAAGUGCGUAAAAACCCAGCGCCCUUCUGCGAGCGUAUUAAAGGCGACCCUCUUCGUACGGAAUGUUCACACCGACGCACUGCCGUCGUACUCUGCAAUUUAGUCAGGCACGAGACAAUACUGCCUAGGCAAUAUCAACACUUCGAUGUUCUACCCAACGUAUUACCAGGUCAAGAGGCGCACUUUGGAGGCUCAGUGUCACUUGCAGACUACUGCCCGUACCUCCAGGAGUUCACCUGGAAACACAAAAGUGUUCUGAUUAGGGGGUCCAGGUGUUCUUACGAAGAGAAUACUCCGAAAACGGACGUCAACUUCGCAUUAGAGAAUUAUGGACCACAUUCCAAAUGCUUUGAUCAUAGCGAUCGCGUGUGGGAACAGAAGUCUUGUAGACAGAUCAGGGAGUGGCAACACUGGGGUUCGGGUUGCUAUAAAUAUAAAUGCGAGAGCGGAAGACUGCAUAUAGUAGUAGGCAAUUAUACCUACACCUGUUCGCACGCUGGACAGGUGUUGCAGAUUCGGAUAUUGAAGAAAGGAUGGCUGCAUAAAGGAGGCGUCGUCUGCCCACCUUGCAGGGAACUCUGUGCAGAAGAAUUUGCAUCACGAAACGAAUACUGCAAAGUUGGUGAAGAAUCUCCUCCUCCGAAUCUUUACCGCCACGACAUUUUAACGUGUGGCGCUACCGCGUUGUUUCACACAAGCAUUUUGACGGUAGCCGCCAUCUUGUUGACACUAAAAAACGCUAUAAAUUAGCCGAACAUUUUGAAUUUAGUGCGAGUAGAAAAAAAACUGUAAAUGUUUUUAAAAUUGUGUGCUCUAAAUACAAAGAUUUUUAUGGUUGUGUGUGUGUAAAUGUUGACAAGUAAGAUUUGGAACCCGGUUUGUAUUGUGGAUUAUACGAAUUUCGAUGUCAAAAUCGACCGCUCCACUAUUUCAGAGGUCAAGAGCAACUUGUCAGCUUUUAAUUUAGGUGGCAUUUUUAAAAAUAUGAUCACCAAAUACACGCUUCAUGGAUUUGAUGAGUCUAGUUAAUUACAUGUUAAAGUCGGUGUUAGUUUAAACUUUUUAUUUUGUGAAUUAUUGGCAACAAAAUUUAAAAUUUGAUCCUGUUUUAAAGAAACCUGCCAUUUCUUUAAAAGAGGCUACAAAAAAUACAUCACUGUACAUGUACUUAUGGUUGCAAUUGUUAUAGGUUUUUCAAUAAAAUGAACAUAAAAAUACGUUAUAAUUUUCAAUGCGUUAUCUUUUCUUCAUUUACCGGUAUCAAAAACCUUUACCUUUGUGAAUACCGGUAAAUUUUCUACGCUGUGGUAAAGCCUAUAGCAUUUGCCGCUUACGAUCUCUUAUUUUAAUUUCUUCUUUAUGAUAAUUAGAAAAAAUAUUUGGGCCCUGCCUUGUGAGUAACAACAGGUCUGUUGCGUAACAAAAUAGCAAUGACAAUGAUGUGCGUAACACACUCUAAUUACGUGGUCUCAAACUACCUUUCGCUUUUACUCUUUUUACGUAUUUAAUAACUUCUUGCUCAACACAGAACACUCAAUCGGGACUCUGCCCAAAACACCAAAGCCAGAAUCAAUUUAGGAAACUUCUUUUCUUAAUUUGGUCCUAUCAAGAAUCGAAUCUUGGAGCACGUUUAACGCUCACAGCGUUAAAUACUGGGCUGACACAGAAUACAGUAGCUGUAGAGUUCCUUGUGAAAGAGCUCUUCCAGGGAAGUACUGCCACCUUACCUAUUACCUGCUGCCAAGCAGUAAUGUAAAAAAGGUAAGGGCGGCUGUGAAAUUACAAGCACAUGGGACUUGUCAACUUAUGAUUUAAAGCCCUGAGUAGCACUGCAACUGCUAUGGACUGGCGUGUCUCUUACCAAAAAGUCACAAUUCACACUGUACCGGUAAAGAUUUUGCCAUACCGAUAACAAUUUAAAAAAAUUACUGCGUUCCGGUUUUGAAGGGUAAGGGUGCUGGUAAAAUUACAGGCACAUGGGACUUGUCAACUUAUGUCUCAGGAUGAAUGACUGAUUUAUAAAAGCUGCAAAAUAUUGCAGCUUUUUUUAAUAUAAAAAAAACAUCUAUUUACGUUGUACCUACUGUUAACAACUAUUAUAGAAACUGUGUUUACUCAAAUGAGUAAUUAUUUUUCCAAAUUAGUUCUACUUGGAAUCAAAGUCAGUACUUAUUCACUUAACCACUUUCCUUAAUCACCGAGUUA